AUGGAUUGGGUGCAAUUAGCCCAUGCCGAACAUCCCACAGUAUUGACAAAUGGGAACCUUUCCCUCACAAAUGUCCGUGUGGACGAAGCGACCUAUGAAAUAACAAAUAUCGUCGACUGGUCCCUAGCCAAGGUGCUACCAUUCGGAAUGGAUUUGGACGAUUUGUUCUUAGUGACUGGAUACAUGGGAUUGUGGAACUGGGUGAAUUACGAGUGA